UGCUAGAUUACAAAACACGUCUACCUGAGUCAUAAAGUUAAAACAGGCGCACCAAAACCGUCCACACAAUACACGUAUUAUAUAGUGUAAGUCUCGACUAUUUGAGUCCGUUUUAUUGGCCUUCGUAUUGAUAGGAACCCAGACAACUUGGAUUGUUAUUCGUGAUGGCGGACGCUCAGCUCUUCAAUGACAUCUACAAUUACCACGGUUGUGUCGAGAAGGGCAAGAAGGAUCUCUGGGGCGAAAAGCGCUACCAAACCCUGCUAGAGCGUAAAGAUGUCGGAGCCCUGUCUGUCGAUGCAAUGAAAACUUUGUCAGUGGGCAAGUACCAGAACAAAUGGUGUGGCAUGCCUCUUAUGAAGGGCGCAAUAGAAACAACUACCUACCAGUUACUCCUCCAAGAAGAGAAACCAGUCACCAUCAUCGAGCUAGGAACAUGGCAAGGCACGAGCGCCGCCUGGAUGGCCGACCUCUCCAAAGUAUUCGGCCAAAAGGCGCACGUUUACUCCGUAGAUAUUGAUAACGGGUUGCUAAACGAGAAAGCUAGGAGGGAUAAUGUUACCUUCAUUCAAGGUGACUGUAUGAAGAUAGAGGAGGUGUUUCCAGACGACAUGUUAAAGAAUCUACCUCACCCGUGGUUCAUCAGUGAAGAUGCGCACGUCAAUGUUGUCGGAGUGUUGGAACAUCUAUUACGAUUCGCACAACCAGGUGACAUGAUAUGUGUCGAAGAUACCAGCCCGGACGGCCCAGAUUUCCCGUGCUACGAUACCGACGACUACAGAACAUUUGGACAUGAAAAACUGAACCAACUGAAAGACUUCCUGAAACGAAAUGCACAAAAGGUUAAAAUUGACAGAUUGUAUACAGAUCUGUUCGGCUACAAUGGCGGGCUGAAUUGGCACGGCUAUAUGAAGGUAUUUUAAUGGCAGUCCAACAUUUGACAACAGAAACCAUGAUAGAAAUUAUCCAUUCAUGAUGAGCUGACGAAAUUAAACCCAUUCGUUUUGAUUGACAACAUUGAUAUCGUGUUUCGGGACAGCGUUACAACUGGCGCCAACGCCACCUGAAACCAACCAAUGCGACUAAAACCAACCACUCGCAAAUGGCCAAUGAAAGUGUUGGUGUAACAGUAAAAAAUUUGACUGUUUUUACCCUAUUCUGUGUCCCAGAAAGCAAUAGUUCUUAUUUUCAUCAAGGAACUGUACAUCGGACUUGUAUUCUCAUAUGUGAUGAGAUCGACAGAAAUACUUUUUUUAAAUUGCUCAAGCAUUGCUUUUCUUUGAAGUCACCUUCGUCAUCUAGUAGGCUGCAGUAGAACUCUGCGCCGCCAUGCAAGAACCAUAUAAUCAUUUCCGUUAUUCGAAGAUCGUUAUAGAUUUGAGGUGAAAAUUGCAGAUUGUGACAAAUUUUAUUUUGUAUAAAGUUUGCAUAUAUAAUGUUCACCUCAUAGAAUUAUGUCAUUUCCCAAGUGUUGUUGAUUGUUUGGAAAUAAAAUUUAGGAAGUGACUAUUUGGCAA